CUUCUGUCUCUCUCUCUCUCUCUCUCUCUUUCUCUUCUCUCUCUCUCCCUCUCCACUCCCCCUCUUUCUUCCCCACUCGGCUCCUCUCCCCCCUCGCGCCCACAGCGUUUGGUGUUGAUUCGAGCGGGAAGAGGGGGGUGGGUGGGAUCGGAGGGGGAGACCAUGACCUCCAGCUACGGGCACGUUCUGGAGCGGCAACCGGCGCUGGGCGGCCGCUUGGACAGCCCGGGCAACCUCGACACCCUGCAAGCGAAAAAGAACUUCUCCGUCAGUCACCUGCUAGACCUGGAGGAAGCCGGGGACAUGGUGGCGGCACAAGCGGACGAGAGCGUAGGCGAGGCAGGCCGGAGUCUGCUGGAGUCGCCGGGACUCACCAGUGGCAGCGACACUCCGCAGCAGGACAAUGAUCAGCUGAACUCAGAGGAAAAGAAGAAGAGGAAGCAGCGGAGAAACAGGACAACCUUCAAUAGCAGCCAGCUGCAGGCUUUGGAGCGUGUCUUUGAGCGGACACACUACCCUGAUGCUUUUGUGCGAGAAGACCUGGCCCGCCGGGUGAACCUCACCGAGGCCAGAGUGCAGGUGUGGUUUCAGAACCGAAGAGCCAAGUUCCGCAGGAACGAGAGAGCCAUGCUGGCCAAUAAAAAUGCUUCCCUCCUCAAAUCCUACUCAGGAGACGUGACUGCUGUGGAGCAGCCCAUCGUACCUCGUCCUGCUCCAAGGCCCACCGAUUAUCUCUCCUGGGGGACAGCCUCUCCGUACAGAUCCUCGUCCCUCCCAAGAUGUUGUUUACACGAGGGACUUCAUAACGGAUUCUAACGGAAGACACUGAAAAGUGCCAUGGCUACUUACUCUGCCACAUGUGCCAACAAUAGCCCUGCACAGGGUAUCAACAUGGCCAACAGCAUUGCCAACCUGAGACUGAAGGCCAAGGAAUAUAGUUUACAGAGGAACCAGGUGCCAACAGUCAACUGAGGAAAAUAAAUAAUUAAACAGGCCUAAGAAGAAAUCAAAAACCAUAAGACACCUAUCCUGCUCUAUCAUUUCUUCAUCUGCUGGGGAAAAAAAAAGAGUAAAAACAAACAAACAAAUGAAAAACAGAACUAAAAUAUUGGGACCAUGGCAGAGAAAAGCAGGAGAGGAGCAAAAUGAAAAUUAGUUAACAAGUGUUCCUCCUCCCUUUGGGAUACCACCACCACUUGUUUCUGUGUGUGUUUAUUUUGUUUUUCCUUCUAUUCAUGCUUUGCUUAAUAUACUCUGAGCUUCUUCAGUUAGGUUCAGCCCACCCACCCCCAUAAUUAUGUUUUAAAAAACUCUGCAGCAGCCAAGAAGCCAUAUAUAUAUUUAGAAUGAUUGCCUAUAGCUCCUCACUGACCUGUUCGAAACUCGGUGUCUUUCCCUGUCCUCUUCCCAGUUCUCUGUGUAGAAGCUCUAGGAACUUUUGAAAAGCCAAAGUUUUUCUGAAGAAUCUGUGCCAGAUAUGAUUCCCUUUCUCAUUGCCUUCAUCUCUGUUGGUCACGGUAAGGUUUUUCCACCAGCUAGUGGGAAAGAAAAAAUUGUGUACAACAUCUGGUCACUGGCCUAUCUGAUUCAAGGUGGUUGGCUGUGUCUGGCUAAUUCUAAUAUUUAAGCUCUAGAUUUAAGCUCCAGAUCUAAGCUCUAGAUUUAAGCUCUAAGCUAUAAAUUAUAAUAUCACCAUCGUCACCACCCCUCACCCCCAUCCAGACAUCUUAAGUUAAAGAUAUUUGUUGUCUUUGAAUGAUUUGUUGUCACUGAAAGAUUUCUUGUCACAGGCUAUUUGGCAGAAGAAAUAUUUUUCACUUGAGAGAGAGAAAAAUUUCUCUAGGAAAACAAAGACUAAGUUGGCCUACAUCUCUUUGGUGCCUUAACAGUAGUCAGACGCACACAUAUAUAUACUGUAUAUAUUUAUAUAUUUUAUAUAUAAAAUAUUGCGAGCUGUUUGCAGUUCCUCAAACACUACAAAAAGCAAAUUUUAUACCAUCACCACUGUUCUUAUCUCUAUAAUGAUGAGACUUGCUAAUUAUGGAUCUUGCUUAUUUUCUUUUUUCUAUGCAAAAUUCUCAUUAAGGCCACAGAGCAAUUGAUAGGGCACCUUUUUUGAGAACAGGUUUUAUUUUCACAUUAAGACUUUCAAUGAAUUAAAAAACUAUUUGAGACUACAAAAAUGUCCUUGAGUCUGGAGCCUGAGCUCUGGGGAAUGCUGAUCUGUCGUGGGAAUUACAUCCUGAUCUAUCAUGGGAAUUAAACUUAGAGAGAGGAGGGAAAGACAUUUAGUCAUCUGCUUUCUCCACUCAACAAGAAUCUAAAAGACACCUGUUAAAGUGGAAAACAUAUAGGUUUAUCUAAAUUCCAAAAAUUUAAAAGGCAAUCAUAGGCUAUUUUUAUUUUUUAAUGUUUUGAAUUAAAUUUGAGCAUCUAGAGUUGGGAGCCAGGACUGAUCUUUCUUUCCUUCUUCCUCUUUGUUCCCAGCCAUGCUUUUGUAACUUGCCAGGUGGACUUGACCAAACCACAUUACCAUGUGGUGCCUCAGUUUACCUUUUUGUAAAAUGGGUUUAAUAAUACUUACCUACCUCACAGGGGUGUUGUGAGGCUCUAUUCAUUUGCUCCUUUAUUUUUUCCUGUAUUCUCUGGAUGUCCAGCACUUUGUAGCCUUGAGAGAAAAGGGACUAUAAAAGUAUACAAUGUUAAUGGAAUGAUACGGUACCUAGAAGCCUUGUUUUCUAGUAAGGAAAUGCUACCUUGCUAUAUGUACUUACCACCUUGUAUUUGCAAAUGAGAAAUAGGUUUAUAUUUUCAUAUCUCUCAAUAAUCACAUCAUUUGACUGAAGAAUAACUUAAGAUACACAGAGCAGAUAUAAGUUUAACUUAUAUUCUCAUCCUGACCAGGUUGGUUCUAAUAAUUUUAGUUAUCAGUGAUUAAAAAGCUUUAGAUUGAUUUUGGCCAAAUAUGCCAAUUUUGUACUGUGAGUAACAGGCAAGGAAUUUUUGUUUUAAGAUGCACUUUUAGCACAUAUGUGUAUUUGCCUUGGCAUAUCAGAUUGAGCUAAUGGUAAUAUAUUUUCAGUCUAACAGCCACCAAUCUGAAAAUGUGUUUCAAAUAUUGAUUCUGUACUUCUUUCAAUAGUGAGAAGAAAGUCCAUCUUACGAUUUUACUUUCACCAACUGAUUCCCUCUUCUUUUAACCCACUAUUAAAAUCUUUCUUACUGAAUGGUUCAUGUAGGCUGGCUGAACAACACACAUUACUUGGUUCCUAGACAGUUCCUCGACACAUUCUUUUGUCCCAUUAGUUGCUGCGGAUUAUCAAGUUUCAAAGGAAUAGUACAUCCUAACAGACUUAAACAUUAUUUGGUUUGUGAAGUGAGUGCAAUCCAACAAAUUGGUGAACUUUGUAGGUUUGGAGUUUGGGGAGAAUGGCUAAAAAAGGAUUUGGGUUAUAGGCAGGGAACAGAAACCAUACAUGAAAAGGCUUUGCUAAAAAAGGGGAAGUCUUAGGAGAGGGAGUAAAGAGACAGAGAGUCAUGUGAAAUAAAGUCAUUUGAAACUUUAUCCAACAUUCAUUUCCAAUGGUGAGCAGAAAAGCCUAAACCCAAGAACCUGGAUGGUAGGUGAAAUUAGGUGGUUUUAUCCAAUGCCUUGGGCAAGUGAUGUCUGGGAAUAGCGAAGAGUAACCAGUGCUGGUCACACAUAGGUACAUUCAUUGCUGGUGAACCAGUACUACAAGCUUCUGUUAUCUAAGCACUUGAUCAAGACGUAUGCACAUACAUAGUACAAGCACUCAGUUUUGCUCAUUUAUUAUAUUUUUAAAAAAUACAAGUUUGAUAUGUGAUUUGGAGGAACCGCCUUUUAGCUCUUAAGCUGGUUGUUAGCAGAGGGCCUCAGGGCCACAAGCUUCAAGGCAUACCCCCAGUAGUCACCAUCAUUAUGUCAUUAUACCCAGACACAGAUGAAUACAUACAAACUGUCUGUGUCCCCAAUACCUCCCCAAACAAGAUGACGAUUUAUAAGGUACUUGGCAGGUUAAAUUAAACCAGAAGAGAUGACCUAAUAAAAAAAGGGAAUGACAUUUAGGGUAUAAAGAUCUCAUAAGAAAUGUAAUAUGUAAAUUAUAUCUCGCUUUAUGAUGUAAAAUGUACAUUGUUUGCGCUAGAAUAGAAAUGAUUCCUUUUCAAUAAAAAGAAGGAUACUAUUAUGUCUUUUGUUAUGUA